CUGACGUUGGAAGUCGACUGAGAUCUCGAAAGUGUUGUGCCAGGCGGAUAUUUUCACCUAGUUUUUCACGAUAAUUAUGUAAAAACACUGCCGGCGUGGCGCAAAAAUCAUACAAUGGCUUUUAGACUAUUAAGCAGUGCAAAGAAACUGGAGAGAAAUCUCCUGAGCAGCCUGCGCAAAGGACAUUUGAGUUCGCAGUUUCAUCAUGAUAUUGCCAAUUUGCGUGGGGAUGUGAAUACUUGGACAUGGGACACCUUGCUGAGGGAGUGGCGGCUGUUCUGCGAGAAGCCACCGAAGGGAUUUGAGAAGUACUUCAAGCAGUCGGGAGGGAAGCAGCGGAAAGAGGCUUCUCAGGGGGAUAAAGUGCAAGAGGCACCACCACCUGUUGAACCUCCACCAUCCAAGGGUUUCUCCCCAACGCCACCCACUGGUCCCGGGAAGAAUGACUGGAAUUUUGGCAUGUUUUCACCGAAUGCGGGUGGUCGUGGGAAACGCACAGGUUCCUCCGGACGCCCCAUUGGCGGCGAUGGAGGCGACAAGGAGAAGUGGAUAGUUUUCGGGGCGUUGGGAACAGUUGCCCUCGUGGGAGCGCUGGCGUACUUCGAGAUGGGCUACAAGGAGAUCGGAUGGAAGGAAUUCGUUACCAAUUAUCUGGCCAGAGGAGUCGUGGAGAAACUAGAGGUGGUGAACAAGAAGUGGGUUAGAGUGCGAUUGAGUCCAGGGAGUUCUAGUGAUUCUGGGGGCGUGCUGUGGUUUAACAUUGGCAGCGUAGACUCGUUCGAGAGGAAUCUGGAACAUGCUCAGGAUGACUUAGGCGUGGAACCGGUGAAUUACGUGCCCGUGAUUUAUCGGUCAGAGCUCGAAGCGGCCAGUUUGACUGGACUUUUGCCCACAUUACUAAUCAUAGGCUUUCUGUUGUUCAUGAUGCGUCGCUCUGCCCAGAUGAUGGGUGGCCCAGGUGGUCGGAAAGGUGGUGGACUAUUUGGCGGAGUGAUGCAGUCGACUGCGAAGCUGAUAAACUCCAAUGAGAUUGAGGUGCGCUUCAAGGAUGUAGCGGGAUGCGAAGAGGCGAAGAUUGAGAUCAUGGAGUUUGUGAAUUUCCUGAAGAACCCCCAGCAAUACAUUGACUUGGGCGCGAAGAUUCCCAAGGGAGCGAUGCUGACAGGGCCGCCAGGCACGGGAAAAACCCUAUUGGCCAAGGCGACAGCCGGUGAGGCGAACGUACCGUUUAUCACGGUGUCCGGAUCGGAGUUCUUGGAGAUGUUUGUGGGCGUGGGACCGUCUAGAGUGCGAGAUAUGUUUUCCAUGGCCAGGAAACACGCGCCCUGCAUCCUCUUCAUCGAUGAAAUUGACGCUGUGGGCCGAAAACGAGGUGGGAAGAGCUUCGGAGGACACUCUGAGCAGGAGAACACCCUCAACCAGCUGCUUGUGGAGAUGGAUGGAUUCAAUACGACGACGAAUGUUGUGGUUCUGGCCGCUACGAAUCGCGUUGACAUCUUGGAUAAAGCGUUGUUGCGACCAGGGCGAUUUGACAGACAGAUUUUCGUGCCGGCGCCGGACAUUAAGGGACGGGCGAGCAUCUUUAAAGUGCACUUGGGACCGUUGAAGACGAAUCUGGACAAGCAGGAGCUGUCCAGGAAGAUGGCAGCUCUGACACCGGGAUUCACAGGAGCGGAUAUUGCAAAUGUGUGCAAUGAGGCAGCACUGAUUGCGGCCAGAGAUCUCAAUGACGCCAUCAAUUUGAAGCACUUCGAGCAGGCAAUUGAGAGAGUGAUUGCUGGAAUGGAGAAGAAGACAAACGUGCUGGCGCCGGAUGAGAAAAAGACCGUGGCGUAUCACGAAGCUGGACACGCCGUGGCGGGAUGGUUUCUGGAGCACUCAGAUCCUCUGCUCAAGGUGUCGAUCAUCCCGCGUGGAAAGGGUCUGGGGUAUGCCCAAUAUCUGCCCAAGGAUCAAUACUUACUGUCUCAGGAGCAACUCUUCGACCGGAUGUGCAUGACACUGGGCGGGAGAGUGUCUGAAGAGAUCUUCUUCGGUCGAAUCACCACUGGAGCUCAGGACGACUUGAAGAAGGUCACGGACAGCGCUUACGCCCAAGUUGUGCGGUUUGGAAUGAAUGCAAAAGUUGGCAAUGUGAGCUUCGACAUGGGUGCUCCUGGAGAUCCAAUGUUCAGUAAGCCCUAUUCAGAGCAAACGGCACAGCUGAUCGACACAGAAGUGAGGGAGUUGAUUAAGACGGCACACACGCGGACACAAGAUCUGCUGAAGCGACAUAAAGCCGAUGUGGAGAAAGUGGCGGAGCGACUGCUGAAGAAUGAGAUCCUCAGCCGCGAUGAUAUGAUUGAAUUGCUGGGGGCUCGUCCGUUCAAGGAGAAAUCCACAUAUGAGGAGUUUGUGGAGGGCACAGGGGGCCUGGAGGAGGACACAUCGCUACCCGAGGGAUUGCAGAAUUGGAAUAAGCCCUCGCAGAAGAGUGAAGAGGCACCGAAACAGUGAAGAAGGCAGAGACAGCAUUUUACGAAGGAGUCACUGAGUAGGAAAAUAUACUUUUCGAAAAUAGAA